AGCUCCGGAUUAGUUCGUUAAAAUAUCAAUCAACGAGGCCAACAAUAGAGCCCGCCCAUUUCAGUCGUCAACUGUCAGUCAAGUGACGUUAGUCUUUCUGCAGGUGCUGAACGCGGUUCUAUACUGGUGCAAUAAUAGCUGAACAGAAAGCGUUUAAAGAUGGCUUCAGCAACCGCUACUUAUGGUCAGAAGGAGUCCUCAGACCAGAACUUUGACUACAUGUUCAAGAUCCUCAUCAUUGGCAACAGCAGUGUGGGCAAGACCAGCUUCCUGUUCCGCUACGCCGACGACUCCUUCACGCCGGCCUUCGUCAGCACAGUGGGAAUCGACUUUAAAGUGAAGACCAUCUACAGGAACGACAAGAGGAUCAAGCUGCAGAUAUGGGAUACUGCAGGGCAGGAGAGGUACAGGACUAUCACCACUGCUUACUACCGUGGAGCCAUGGGCUUCAUCCUCAUGUAUGACAUCACCAACGAGGAGUCCUUCAACGCUGUGCAGGACUGGUCGACCCAGAUCAAGACAUACUCCUGGGACAACGCCCAGGUCCUGCUGGUGGGGAACAAAUGUGACAUGGAGGACGAGAGGGUGGUGGCCGGAGAGAGAGGCAGGCAGCUCUCUGAACACCUGGGUUUUGAGUUCUUUGAGGCCAGCGCCAAGGACAACAUCAACGUGAAGCAGACGUUCGAGCGCCUGGUGGACACCAUCUGCGAAAAGAUGUCAGAGAGCCUGGAUGCUGGGGACCCGGCUGUGACGGGAGCCAAACAGGGACCGCAGCUGACCGAGCAGCCUGCUGCUCCCCAACAGGACUGUGCAUGCUAAACCUGACUGACCUCUGAACCCCGACCCUCAGGUCCCCACACGCACCUCCACCCCCCAGCACCUCCCCAACUCCACAAACACGUCAUCCAGUAUGGGUGAGUAGGUGAUGGUCACUCUUGAGUUCUGUCCCAUAGUCAUCUCGUAACCUCCAGUCCUUCUCUCUAUUCCUCAAUGUGGUCCUAAAAGAUGGAUAUGAGGGUCUCCAAUUUCCAGAUUCAGUUAUAAUAGAUGUUAACCUUGCUUUUUGUCAGCCUAACUGCAAUUUCACAGUAUCCGCCUUUGUUGGGACUGGGAAUGCCCUAUUAAAGUAUGUGUAGUCAUACAUAGGACUGAUACUACUGGAAAAUACAACAUUUUGAUCUGUCAUGUCUCAUUUGGUGUCUGUACUGGCAUUCCCUCAGUGUGAAAUUUCACCAAAAAUGUAUUUAAUUUAUUUCAGUCAAUAUAUUGGCUGACACCAUGCCUCAUUCUUGUAUUCUCAGUCUUGUAUUCUUUGUCCAUUCUGCCUUUGAUUUCUUUUCUCCAUGUUUUCUACACUAAUAUUCUACUUUAUUUUGUUUUUUUUUGUUUUUUUUA